AUGAAAUCCUAUGCUCGUGUCAUUAGGCAUUUUUUCGAGAACACAACGUUUCAUGGUUUUAAGUAUCUUUACUCGAAAUAUUAUUGUGAUAGGUUAGGAUGGCUUAUAUGUUGCUGCGCAAGCGCAUGUUGCUCGGCAGUAUUGUGCACGGUGGUUUGGGCGCGGUUCAUGCAAGUGCCGGCGCUGCUUACGUUGCGGGAGAUGGGGGUCCAUGAUCACGAAGUGGACAUGCCCUUAGUGGCCAUUUGCCCCCCGGUGAAAACUGUUGCUCGAAUGUUCUCGGAGCAUUUCGAGGUUAACGCUACAGACUCAAAACAACUACCGAAAAUAAUCGAGCGCGUUUUACGUCGUAAAUACGUAACAGAAGAUCGUUUGGCGAUUCUUAGCGCGAUUAUAGAUAAGAACAGCAUCACUUUUACACAAGCUUUAUUCAAUAUCAUGCCGGAAUGUGAAACUAUAUUGAGGGCUUGUCAAUGGCAGGAUAAAGAGAUUACUUGCGAACGGUUGUUCACAAAAAUGCUGACGCAAUGGGGUGUCUGCUGUACUGCCUCGCCUAAAGACCUAAAAGCCGCCUCAAAAUUGACGUCUCAAGUAGAAACAAUGUGGACAUUAAGCAUUUCUAUGCGGUGUUCGAAUGAACCAAUGUUACACAAUUGUGAAUUCUUUACCAAAUACGACGUGGAAGAAUGGUUUGAGCCCACGCCGCUGCGACCUGGAUAUUUAUACGAAGCCCAUUUGACUUCAGUCUCGGUUAUAGAUAGCGACUUAGAUAAGCUUCUAGAUGGAACCUGUGCGGCUCAUCAAUUGUAUUCGAGAAGUCGGUGUUUGGUGAGUAUCGGAAGUCCAGUCUUUUGGUUAAAAAUUCUCAAUCUCAUUAGAUUGAAAUGUAUGGAACAGCGAUGUGGAUGCUCAGAUGUUGUGCGAAUUAACUUUCCCAAUGAAAUUAGUGUUCCGCCCACGUGUUCUCUUCAAAAAUUGAGCUGCCUGAGAGGUUAUAAGCGAGACAACAAUACCUGUAAUUGUUUGCCUACCUGCAAGAAAGUGACCACAUCCCUUGCGUUAGAAUCGAGCAGGAUGAACGCAAUUGAUCACUCUUUCAACAGUCUAUAUUCGAAUAUCAACGUAUCGCUAGAUAGUGUUAUUAAUAUCCGAAUGCGUAUUAGUGGCUCGAGAAUUUUCGCUGUGAACCCAACAGAGACGUGGAUUACAUUACUCUCAUCCUUAGGUGGUGUGUUCAACAUGUUCCUGGGGAUUGGAUUUUUCAGCGCACUCGAGUUCCUUUUCUUGGUAUUUCUGCGAUUGCCCAUUGUGAUGCGAAAGUCUACUGAGAUGGAGCACGCUAACACUUCGUAGU